GGGUGGGGGGGGCGACUCGCUGGUGGAAGUCACUGCAGGAGGGGAGAGGCAUGAGGGGACAGCUCCUGAGGUCACUCGUCUCUCUGAUGAUCACUCUCCUGUGCGUCGGGAGCCUGCUGACCACUCUCAUUUGGUACGUGUUCAACGACAACAAUGUGGAACCUCACAAACCGCCCCCUCAGAAGAAGAGCGCCCCUCAGCCCUCCGACCCUUGCAAUGGCUGCGGGGAAAUCAUCAACAAAGUUCUGGAGCGCUACUCCCAACCGUGGAAGAAGCGAGAGGACAACUACCAAAAAUUCAGAUCUCAGCUCGGGAGCAAGUGCCACGGGUUGGACAAGGCCAUCGUCACCCAGGGCAACACCCCGGUGGGCGCGAAGCUCGUGUACGACGGGGAGAAGAAGAGGAGCCUCCAGGUGACCCCGGAGAUUUUCAGCACCUUCACAAAGGAGCGUCCCUUCUCCAACAAAACAUGGGACACGUGCGCCGUCGUGGGGAACGGGGGGAUCCUGACCAACAGCAGCUGCGGGCCCAUGAUCGACGCGGCCCAGUUCGUCAUCAGGUGCAACCUGCCUCCGCUGGCCAACGGCUACGAGACACACGUGGGCGUCAAGACUGACCUCGUGACCGCGAACCCGAGCAUCCUCGUCGAGAAGUACGGGGCCCUGAUGGGGCGCCGGCGUCCGUUCGUGGAGAGCCUGCGGAGCUACGGCGACUCGCUGCUGCUGCUCCCCGCCUUCUCCUACGGCCACAACACGCCCGUCUCCCUGCGCGCCGCCUACUCCAUCGAGGACUUCGGGAGCCCCGCGCGGCCCAUCUUCUUCAACCCCGAGUACCUCCAGAGCCUGGCCGUCUUCUGGGGCUCGCGGGGCCUGAGGGCGGUGCGCCUCAGCACCGGCAUAAUCAUGGCCAGCCUGGCCCUGGAGGUGUGCACCAACGUGCACCUGUACGGCUUCUGGCCCUUCGGCCAUCACCCGCACGGCCUCCACGCGCUCACCAACCACUACUACGACGACAGGCAGACCAAGAAGAAGUUCCACGCCAUGCCGGCCGAGUUCGACCUCCUGCUGCGGCUGCACAGCCAGGGGGUGCUCAGGCUUCACCUGGGAGACUGUCGACCGGCCGACGGGUAGUCUCUCCCGGAUCUUAGGACACAAACAGCGCGAGGAUUGCAAAGUGCCGUCCUUCUCACGACGAUUGCCAAUCACGCGUAAAACGGGCACUUUUUCCGUUGGAUGGAUGGAUCCAUUGCUUGGCCGGUGGCCAUGGAGCGAGGUGGACGAUUGGACGGUGGGCCGCAAACACGCAAACAAGCGUCGGACUUUUACACAGUGAAUGUACGACUGUAUUUAUUAGCACAAACGCUCCAGCUGGAGUCUGGAGGGAAUCCUUUUUUGUGACGGCCCACGUGGUCGUGCCUUAUGCCAAUCCGUUAUACAACUUAACCACGGGAGCUUUUAGAUCAAACUGAAUGUGUGUGGGGGGGGGGGGUUGUUAUUUUAAGAGAAAAUCAAGUAUCUAGGUUACAUGAAGGCUGUCUUGCCAAAAAAACUGCGAAACGUUUAAUGGAAAACACUUUGAAGACGAUCGGGUAACCUCGGUGAACCGAGGGGGAGAUGUUCCCAUACUCACACACUUUUUUUUUUAUCGCAAGAAUGUUAUAGGAAAAAAAGCCGGUGCUAUUGUUGACACUGGUGAAGGACGCACAUGAAGUAAAGGGGGGGGGGGGGGGGGUCACGUCCCAGUCGCCUUAACUACAGGCCGCAGAGGAGCGACGGAGGCCUCGGAGCCAAGGAUUACACAAGAGACGCCACAGAGAGAGAGAGAGAGAGAGAGAGAGGGGAACUAUAAUACUAGUAAACACCAGGUUGCUAUGGAGAGAGCUCGUGUGACAGUGGUAGGUACAACGCAGUGGUACAGUGUCCUCUAUGAGUUCAUGGAAAUGUAGAUUUAACUGACCCCCAGCACUGUGGGUGAAAAGUAUUUGCUGACAACCGCUGGGUCUCGCUGGUCUUCGCUGGUCUUCGCUGGUCUUCGCUGACAUGAGCAUCGACUCAGUGGAACACUGACGUACGAGCUGCAGCUUCUAACACACUUGAGAAACGAUUGUGGCAGAAUCGUGCUGUGAUCUUUUUUUUUUUUUAGAAUGUGUGUUUGGGCACACGGCAGGAGUCGAGCGGGAAAAACGGCGAAGGUGGAGAGAAUGAAGAUUUAUCCUGAAGAUUGUUUGUGUGGAAUCAGACGCCGGAGGGGAUCUGUUCUCCAACCAGAACGCCCCGAGUUCUCAAAACCUGCCAAGGUUUGUCUUUACGGUUCAGCAGUUGUUCUCACAAGCGUACAGGUUCGGGUCACAGUUUGUGCUCAGCCUUCGCUGAGGCAUUUAUUUACUAUCAAUAUUUAAUAUCGUACUUCUUGUAUCGCAUCUUCAUAUACAUAUAUAUAUAUAUAUUUAUAUAUAACUCUUUUUUGGAACCUGAAGUAAGACAUAUGCAGAUGUAUAGUCCAUGUUGCUCCACACAGCUGUGACAUCCGUGGUCCUUCAGGGUACCACGCUCGUCCCCUUCCCCUCCUGCCACAGUCACCGCGUGGACACGACAUGCAAAACAUCUGAAUGAUGCUGUGACGCCUAAAAAAAAACUAAACGAAAACUGGCCGAGGAAGCGAUGAAAACUCCUCCCUUCUUUCUCCCUGCCUCCCAAUUCAUCAUUGAUGGGUUGUGUGCGUCAUGUGUGCGUCCGGCCCCGUUCGUCCAUUGAAUGGGACGAGAGGUUGAUUCUUUCCUGGACAACAGCGCCGCUGCCACGUGCUGCCAUCCUCAUCAAUGUGCUCAUGGGAUUCCACUUCCAUGUCGCCAGUGACCUCAUUGUGGAUCCAGCUGCAGGAGACCCCCCCCCCCAUACUGUAGUCACUGUGCUUCACGAGUGGGACACCAUCUCUAUUUAUUUCCUCACGUGUCUCCUUCGUUCCUGGCGCCAGAACAGAAGACGCGGAGGCUUGAUUCAAUAUGUAUUUCUGAUUGAUUUAUUGGUUUGUUUUUUUGUAGGAAAAUAGGCAUUUUUUUUUCUCCACAUGCAAAUCAAAUUUAUCCAUCAAAGAAUAUGAAAAAAGGAAGGGGGCAGGGGAGGGGGAAUACCAGUAUGGCACUGAAGGAAGUACAUUUUUUCUUCCUUUUUUUUUUUUACAAAAGGCAUAGAAAAACACAAAACACACACACAAAUGCAUGUAUGGAUCAGUUUGUACUGGUGACAUCACAUCCCACACGGGGGGAAACAACACACACAGACACGAUGGACAGAUCUCGUCAGUUCCAACACACGGCUGAUUUCACACCACACCUGUUGUACCUCUCCAAGAAUCCAUGUCUCCCCCCCGAGGUGUGUCGGAGCUCAGAUGCAUAAUUUAUUGCCUUCUAUCUAGCUAUUAUUUAAUUUUUUGGGGCAACCUUGAAAAAAGGAAAUGUUUGCUCCCUGUGUUUUGUUCGGUGAUAAAAUCCUCACAGAAUUAAAAGGAGCGAACGGAAACGAGAGGAAUUUGCCUGUGAACUUGGGGCUAACCUGAAGGAUUAGAUGCUUAUGAUGUGUUGAGGAGAAAGAAAGAAAUCCCCUCCUAACAGGCCAAAGUCCUUAUUUGUUAUUGUCAAGACUUGCAUUAAAGUUGUUCAGACUACCAGAACCAAACCA